AUUUUUAUUGAGAUUGAUUCAAAGUGAAUGAAUAAAACGGGAAAUGAAAGCAACUCGACUCUUCUAGAAACUUCGGAAGGAAAGAAGGCCUUUUGCGUGACCUAUUGCUUCUCCGGGAAGACAUGGAUUUUGGAGGCAUGUUUUUUGUGUAGGGCUUGCUAGCAUCUUUGGCGUGAUCCUUCUUGGAAGGAAAAAUCGGAGGAAAUACAAGGAAUUAGGGCGAAAUUGUUUGGGAAAACCCUCUCAUGUUAUGUGACAUAUAUAGUUUUCAUUUGAUAAAAAGAAUACGAUACUUCUUUGGGAAGAAGCCAUACACAUUUCUGGAGAUUUGGAGUUAUUUUCUGCAAAUAAAAUAGGAGCUCUGCAUUGUGCAAGUGCAAAAGGGUUACAGAGCUAAGGCGCUGAGCAAGGAAGCCAUAACCAGUCGCCUUUCCCUCAUUAUCCAGUUGCAGAGGCAACAAAGUAAUGGCAACUCUGAAAACUCUUAAAAUCAAGACAGGCAGCUGUAAGCGUAUCCUUAAAGAGCUUCAUUCAUAUGAAAAGGAGAUUGAUAGGGAAGCUGCUAAGACUGCAGCCAUGAAAGAGAAGGGCGCUGAUCCAUAUGAUCUUAAACAACAGGAGAAUGUUUUGGCAGAAUCAAGGAUGAUGCUUCCUGAUUGUAGAAAGCGUCUUGAAUCUGCCCUUGGUGAUCUGCAGGGAAUACUUGCUGGGCUAGAACAGCCAUGUGAGGAAGCUGAGGAGAUUAUUGAAGCAAAAAAUAUAGUAAAGGAAGCGGAAGCUUUGUUUGAGACAUCCUCAUCAUGAGAUUCCUCGAUCAUUCUCUUGAGAGGACUGCCAACUGGUGCCUUGAAUAUUUUCAUAUAAAGCCAUGUAGGCUGUUGAAGUCUAUGCUUUGCCUUUCUUGUAUGUAAGAUGAUACUUUUGUGUAAACGCCAUUUCAAUUAUUUUAGUACCUUAUAAAACUAACAUGCUAAACUAUAGGUGAUUGUAGCAAUUGCUUAGCAUGUGUGUUUUGAGAAUGGUGGAUAUGUUUUUCUGUUUCUGUUUUUCUCUAAGGAAGUUUGUUGUGUCAUCUUUAUCAUUUUGUCAAGGACAAAAAUAGGCUUGCCAUGCAAUGUACUAGAAAUGAAGAUUUAUAUCUUAAUGGGUUUAUCAAGAAGAAACAUUAGUACUUGUGUGUA